UUAAGCUUUCUUCUUCCUCUUUGGCGUUCCGGAUCUCUUCUCCUCCUUCCUUUCUCGGCCGAUCUCUUCCCUUCUCCCAUAUGUUGACCUGCAUUUCCUGCCCUAAGCAGUUUGGCCGAGGCCGAGCGCCGUUCUACGACUCCGACGACGAUGACGCCGUCAAUGAAAUCAGUCCUCAAAUUAAGGAUAUGACUUCCGGAGCGACGGAGCAUGGACGGCGCCGACACCAUCAAGGAUCCAGAUUCACCAAAUCGGAGGGAGUGUUGACGCCGAGAACUGCGGCUGCGAAGUGGCGAGAGAUGGAGGCGCGGAUGCGGUGGCUUUCCAUCGGCGAGAGGACGCCUUCGGUCAGCGGCCGGACGGAGGCUUCGUCGGCGUUUCUUGAGGACGGAGAGGACGAGGAACCCAAGGAGUGGGUGUCCCAGGUUGAGCCCGGGAUACUGAUCACCUUCCUCUCGCUUCCACAAGGCGGUAACUAUGUCAGAAAGAUCAGAUUCAGUCAAGACAUGUUUGACCAGUAUCGAGCCCAAAAGUGGUGGGAAGAAAAUUAUGAGGAUGUCAUGGAACUAUACAAUGUCCAGAGAUUCAAUAACCAGGCCAUGCCUCUUCCCACACCACCAAGAUUCGAGGACGAAGUUAAAAAAGGCUGUGCAUUGGAAUGUUCAUCAUCAGAUUCACUUGAGCAACACAAAAGUUGCAGGGGCCAUUACAAUUCCCAUCAACACAGCCACUGCUACGACUCAAGCAUCUUAACUACAACACCAAAGCUGUCGAGCACCAGUGGUUCAAAGACAGAAACAUCAUCCACAGAUGCAUCAACAAGAGCAAGUUCUUCGCCAGAGGAACUGGAUCAGUCUGAGGAGAUCUUCUCAUCUGUGAACAAUGCUAGUGAUAUGGAAAGGGAGUGGGUGGAAGAGGAUGUACCUGGUGUGUAUAUCACAAUCCGUGAAUUACCAAGAGGAAUCCGAGAGCUUUGCCGUGUCAGAUUCAGCCGGGAGAAAUUUGGAGAGAUGCAUGCUAGGUUGUGGUGGGAGGAGAAUCGUGCCAGAAUACGACAACAAUAUCUUCGAUAAAAGAUGUCAAAAACUUCCCUUAUAUCAAUUCAAGCUAACAAUUUUCAGUCGGUGUGUACUCGUGAAAUGUAACUUUGUUGCUUGAGUUUUGAAUAAUUUCCUGCUGCUUUGUCAAAUGACCAGAAUGAGGAUUCAUAAGAGAUUGGGGUUUUGCUCAAAUGAAUGCCAAUCAGUGUUAUCUCUUUGUGAUUGAGAGGGUGUGUAGUGUAUAAUCCUGCCCCAACAGUUGGUUUUCUGCUUUCCGAAUGAUUA